UUUUAAUUUUUAUUCAUGUGAUGGAGAUCUUGGUUCUUGUGCUGAUGUGCUCUAGUCUGGUUGUUGUUGAUGCUUUGUGAUGAGAAGCAUCAUUUAUUUAUAAUUUUGUUCAUUUCUUUAGUUUUUUCGUGCAGCAUGAAGAUGCUGUAAGCUUGUAACUAUUACAUUUGAUUAUUCAAUGAGACUGUAAUAAUGCCCGGUGUAAUAGUGGAAAACUUGAGUGGCAAAAAACUAGCAACGCUUGUUGCCGUACUCCUUGUUUGUCAAUUCUGUUGCUUUUUAUUUGGUGGAUUAAUUGCACCUAAACCAUCGAUUGCCGAUACCGUAUUGGCCACGAAAUGCCAUGAUUCUGGUAACAAUUCUGAUGCUUGGUUUUAUGUGAGAGGUAAAGGAAAAUGUAAAUCUAUCGAUUUACAUACAUUCAACACCGAGGAACACAUGAUGUUGGCAAACCAAAUAGUUUUCGCUUUUCAGGUACCAUCGCCAAGAGAUAAUACUAUUUUGGACUACUCAAGAUGGCAGCAAAAUUUGAUUGGCAUUUUGACAUUGGAUAUUGCGUAUCACUCUGACAGUGAAAUGGACCCGAGAACAAUCAUCAAUCUGAAUGCACGCUUGGGUUAUAACAACAAAGGCGACCCUGAAGGAGAGUGGAAAUUAUAUGCAUCAUCUUUCGAAGAGAGGACGUUGGAUUGCUCUAUAGAAACUAAACGUGAUGGCUAUCAUUAUACUUGCUCUUUCAUACCAAUGUUUGAGCUGGGCUCACUACACCACGACUUCUACCUUUUGAAUAUACGACUUCCCGUUGACAGUGAGAAACACAUCAAUGAAAGGCUGGGCCAUAUUGAGGACAUGUGGCUUGUUGUAAUUAAUCAAACUGGAGGCUUCACCAAAGUCUGGAUGACAAUGAAAAGCAUGUUCUUUCCUUUUAUUGUUGGUAUAAUGAUUUGGUUUUAUAAAAGAGUACACAUGCUCAACAGAGAACCAGUGCUAUUGGAAUACAUGCUAAUGUUUCUCGGGUGUGCUUUAAUUUUCCUGAAUGCGCCUCUUGAACUAAUGACUCUAUGGUACGACAUGCCCUUUAUGCUUCUUCUGGCAGAUAUCAGGCAGGGCAUCUUUUAUGCAGCACUACUUUCUUUUUGGCUUGUCUUUGCUGGCGAGCAUAUGAUGAUACAGGAAAAUAAUAAGAGUCAACUCAAAAGCUACUGGAAGCAUCUGAGUGGUGUUGCUAUUGGCUGCAUUUCUCUGUUCAUUUUCGAUGUUUGCGAACGCGGAGUUCAACUCCGAAAUCCAUUCUACUCCAUAUGGGUGACUGACAUCGGAACUAAUUUGGCUCUUACAUUCAUAAUUUUGGCUGGAAUAUCGGCUGGAGUAUACUUCAUGUUCUUGUCUUUCAUGAUCUGGUGUGUGUUCACAAAUAUCAGCAUGAAACGUCAGGCUCUACCUUCCAUGUCCUCGAUGCGUCGACUCCAUUACGAGGGCAUCAUCUACAGAUUCAAAUUCCUGAUGCUGGCCACUCUACUCUGCGCUGCGAUGACUGUCAUCGGUUUCAUUCUUGGACGGGUUUCUGACGGCAGAUACAAAUGGGAGGAAGACUUUUUCUUGGAAUAUACAUCAGCUUUCUUCACUGGAAUCUAUGGCAUGUGGAAUAUUUACAUAUUUGCUCUACUUGUAUUCUAUGCCCCAUCGCACAAGCAGUGGCCAUCAGAACCAGAUGUUUCCUGUAUCAAUAAUGAUGAAAUUGUUUUCUCGAGAUUACCAACCGAACCCAGUGAAAUAUCAUCAUUGACAUCAUUCUCCAGGAAAACUGCACUCGAUUAGAGUGGUGUAGUGAUCUGGGUUUGCAACUGUUACUUGAGCCUGCUACUGUGUACUGGAUCGUGGGUUCGAAUCCCGCCGGUAGGAAUGGACUUUUGAUCAUCUCAUCAAUUCACUCAUCCAUUCCUACCCCACGCACAAGUAAAAAACUUAUGUGGGCAUCAUACGCUAUAAAAAUAAUACCUAUGAGAAAACUCAUCAAUUGUGAGUUAAUUCUCUCAAUUUUAAAUCAGACAUCGAUUCUAUUAAUUCUAUCUCCUGUAAUAAUUUUGUUAACUGUACUUAUUCCAUAUUAUACAUUAUACUUAGCUAUUAUUUAUUCUAAAGUGAGAUUUACAUUAUAAAUUCAUUAGUUCGCUAGCCGUGCCUGUCAUUAGACAAAGCAGAUAGCUCUAUCCUUUUCAAACUCCGAACCGUUGCUAAAUCGUUUUUAGACUAUGAAUAAUAUAAUAAACUACCAGAAUAAUUUCUGGGUAAGUAUAAUAUAUUUGAGAUAUAAUUGAUACUAUUAAAAAUACAAACAACAAUUAAUCUUAUAUCAGAUCAGUAGAUGACCGCGGGGCAAUAGAACGAGUUACCGUAAUGAGCUCCCGGGAUGAUGUAGUAAAUAAGCAAUGGUAAUUUGAAUGUCUCAAAGGUAAAAGGGUUGAUUAAGAGGGAGGUUAAGUUUUUGCUUUUAAAUGUCGAUAUGCUGAUAUUAUCCGAAGGGCUUUGUUUAUAAUAAACAGAUCACAUGCGUAUUUGCUCCGCGAUACUCCUGUUGCACUGCUCAGUAACCUUUAACGCAGAGAACGGGAACUGAUCCAACAAAAACCUGAAUUGCGCGUGUUCAUUACAAUGUAUUUGGCAUAUAUACUCUUGUGGAUAUACCGGGUCGACUUGAAUCACAUCUAUGUACUACAGAAGGCGUCAGAAAAAUAAACUUGGCAACUAUGCCGUCUUAUCAUUUGCACUGAAUAUAUAACAUGAAUCUCACUUUACAGUAAUUCCUGAAUAUGUAUUGUAUUUAUUCAAAUCUGAUUAUUUAAAAUAUUUAUAACCUUUAGAUGAAAUUAUAUUGGUCAAAAACUACUUUUGUGUUGUCCGUAGAUUUUUCAUCUGUUUGUUUUUUUCAAGUUUUACUACAUUCUGGUCUACUUGUAAACUUCCUAUUGGUCUUUCUCUUUUUGAUUUUUUCUUCCUUCUCUUAUUUUUUGUUCCUAGCUUAGUCAUUUUUAGCAGAACAUUGAUUAUUCAUUUGUUGAUUAAGAGAAUAAUUUAAUCAUAGCUUACGCAUGUGAAAUAAUAUAAGAGGCCACGAGAUAUAACAUGAGCCUCAACUCCUCAAACAGUGAAGGAGUGGCUUGCUUGGUAUGGAUGUAGGAGUGGGAAUGUCACUCUCACCCAUCACUCUACAUGCUCACCACCGUUACUGCAAAAAUCCCUAGAUUCCCAAAAACAAUAGGGAUUGUUAUCCCUAGAAAUCCCAAUAAAAAUCUAAACACAAUCCCCAGACCUAUCCCUUUAUCCCUUAAAAUAGGGGGUAUUAAUUCGUGGAUAUUCUAUACCUAGAUUGAUUCACAGAAUUGAACUCAAAUCACCAUACUAUUUAGCUCAGAUUUUAUUCAGGAAUGUUCCAGAUAAUAUGAGGGAGGCCGAGAGCAGCAGCAAUGUGAUGUUUAAAAGCUCGUUGGUGAAAUGGCUCUUCAGCAUAGGCUGGAUUGGAGCUGAGAGGCUAAUUCACUCACCUUACACCUAGGAAGAGUAAAUGCAUUGGGGAAUAACUUUAUACAUUCAUAUUUCGAAAUGCUAAAUUCAUUUGUACAUUCAUACCUCACGUUCAAGUAUUUAGAGCUUCAAAACAUAAUAGAGGCUUAUAAAACAAUGAAUUACCACCGGUUUUUGGGUCCUCUUUCUCUCCCACUCUGGAUAUCAAGUUACACCUAACACUAUAUUAUGUUAUCACUUAUAAUCCACCUACUGUUAUCUGAAUCUUAUUUCUGUAAUUUUAAUCACACAUAUUGUAAUUUAAAGUAAAUAUAAUACCAUAUGACUAUUUAUUGAAUAAUACUGCUUGCUGGAACUGUCCCCCAAUCUCAGACGCAUAGUCUUACUGGGGGAAUUCCACUCAAUCAAUAUGUUCUUUGUACUGUUUUUGUAAAAAUGUGAUUCUUAUUUUGUUGAAUAUCAAAUAUAAUUAUGUACUUGUAUUGUAUGCCAAGUGGAAAUAAAAGAAUUGAAUUGAAUUAAUUAGGAAAUGAUAGCCUUAAGUAAUAAAAAAAUUACUUCCUGAUUUAGGCAGGCGAAUGAUUGAGAUAGAAUAUUUUAUAUUUUUUCUCAGUUAUCACUUGACAGUUUGUGCAGUUCUGUAUACUCGUUUUGUACCGUACUCCAUAAUAAUUUAUUAUUUUAUUCAUAGCCAAAAAACAAUAAUUUGGAACAGUGCAUAUGCAUAUGCAGAAAAAGAUAGAGCUAUCUACUUUGUCCAAUUACAGACAAGGAUAGCAACACAAAAGUUAAUCAAUUUUUGACUUGAACGUUAAUCCAACUGCAUUAUCUGCACCUACAUGUCAUCUACAGCGCUCUAGGUGUGCAUUUCAUCAACAACAAUGAUAAAAUUACUGAUUUGGUAUAUUCAAAAAUGAUUCAAAUGCCAUUUGAAACCUUGAAACCUAACAUCCCAAUUUAUCCCUAGAAAUCCCCAAAAAUAAUUUAUCCCUAGAAUAAUCCCUUCGGGCUUCAAAAAUCCCUAGAAAAGGGAUAAAUCCCUAGAAGUGACACCACUAGUACCGGCUGUCGAGAACAUACUGACCGAACUUACCCCCACCCUAAAACAUCAGAGUUAAGUUUCCUGUGGUAAGAGUCGAAGGUUCAUGUUGUAACUCGCGGCCUCUCAACAAUCACUUCCAUUUUACCAAGUAUGUCUACUCCCCCCUAUUCAGCUUAAAAAAUACUCCAUCUUAUUAAGAUAUUUUUCUUAUGACUCUCCUAUUUUAAUCGUAUAUUUCUGCACAAUCAUUCCAGGCUGUAGCUCUAAGCUAACAAUGAAUUAAUUCUUGCCUAGUUAUAAUUUUACAGUAUUGUUUUUAGUGUAAGUAAAAUAAACAUCAGUAUUAGUAUUACGCAUUAAUACAUCACACUUAUAUGUCGUGUCCUAUAGUUGUAAACUGGAAGAUGAAGCAUUCAAUUUGAAUUUAUAGCUAUUUUAGAUCAAUAUUAUGAAUUGAUUGUUUAUAAUAAAGUGAUCAUUGGACAGAUUCCAAUCUUUAUAUUAUUACCAUCCUUUUUUCUUAUCGUCAAUGUUAUUAAAUGGGAUAAUUUGAAGAGCCUUAUAAUUUAUCUUCCAUUAUUCAGCCAGUGUUUAGAUGUUGUAUUUUUAUAGCUAUAAUAUUUAUUUUUCAAGAGACUGUUUAUAAUAUGUCCUAUUUUAAGUAUUUGUAGAAUCAGCUUGUGUUUGAACUAUUUCGAUUUACUCUUGUGUUUUAUUCUGAACAAACAGUAUUUUGUAAAUUGAUGUCGUAGAGUAGAUUUAUAAUAUUUAUAUAUUUACCUCUUAUUAAAACUUUUGAGUCAU